AAAAAAAAGAAAGAAGCAAAGAAAACCCUGCGAGUACGUUCCCCAAUUUUCUUCUCUGUCUCUCUCGUUAGACAAGGGUCGGCCACUGUGAGUCUCGCAAUAAAAGGGCAAAUUUUUUGCAACAACCGCAGUUUCCAUAAGAACCCACCAAUUUUCUACUCUUUCUCGGCGCACUAUUUCAACUCUUUGCUCAUAGGGUUCUUUACUUUAUACAAAUUUUCCAUUCUCCUCCGCUAAGCUCAAUAAAAUUAAAUCUAAAUCACCCGCUGUGGAGGGUUUUCGAUUAUGGCCGACGAAAAUCACACUCAAGUUCCCGUCCCAGAAGAUGGGAUUUCAGAGCCCUCAAAUGGCAAUGAACAAGAAUCCGUCGAACUUGCUCCGACGUCGCAAAAGGAUGAAGAUGAUGUGAAAGAAGUGUCAAAGAAAAAGAAGAAGAAAAAUAAAAGCAAGAAAAAGAAAGAGUUGCAACAGACAGAUCCACCAUCUAUUCCCAUCAUUGAUCUUUUCCCGUCUGGGGAUUUUCCGGAGGGUGAAAUUCAAGAGUACAAGGACGAUAACUUGUGGAGGACUACAUCUGAAGAGAAGAGGGACUUGGAGCGCCUUCAAAAACCAAUGUACAAUUCCGUUCGCCGAGCAGCUGAAGUUCAUCGUCAGGUAAGAAAAUACAUAAGAAGCAUACUGAAGCCAGGGAUGUUGAUGACUGACCUAUGUGAGACAUUGGAAAGCACAGUUAGGAAGCUAAUAUCUGAGAAUGGUUUGCAAGCAGGCAUAGCAUUUCCUACAGGAUGUUCUUUGAACUGGGUUGCUGCUCACUGGACCCCUAAUUCCGGAGACAAGACUGUGCUUCAGUACGACGAUGUAAUGAAAUUGGAUUUUGGAACACAUAUUGAUGGAUGCAUUGUCGAUUGUGCAUUUACAGUUGCAUUCAAUCCUAUGUUUGAUCCACUGCUCGAAGCCUCACGUGAAGCAACUAACACUGGUAUCAAGGAGUCUGGAAUUGAUGUACGACUUUGCGAUGUUGGUGCUGCAAUCCAGGAGGUCAUGGAGUCGUAUGAGGUUGAAAUUAAUGGGAAGGUGUACCAAGUCAAAAGCAUUCGAAAUUUGAACGGACAUAGCAUUGGUCCUUACCAGAUCCAUGCUGGUAAAUCUGUUCCUAUUGUGAAAGGAGGGGAGCAGACCAAAAUGGAAGAGGGUGAAUUCUUUGCAAUUGAAACUUUUGGAUCAACUGGGAAAGGGUAUGUUAGAGAAGAUCUUGAAUGUAGCCAUUACAUGAAGAAUUUCGACGUCGGCCAUGUUCCACUGAGGUUGCCAAGAGCUAAGCAACUGUUGGCAACCAUCAAUAAUAACUUCUCAACACUGGCAUUCUGCCGACGGUAUUUGGAUCGCCUGGGUGAGACUAAAUAUCUUAUGGCAUUAAAGAAUUUGUGUGAUAGCGGCAUUGUUCAGGCAUACCCUCCAUUAUGUGAUUCCAAGGGCAGUUAUGUUUCUCAGUUUGAGCACACCAUUUUACUGAGGCCAACCUGCAAAGAAGUGAUUUCCAGAGGUGAUGACUAUUGAUAAUUUAAUUCUCUUAUGAAGCCUUUCUAUAAAGGCCACUUUUUUGCAAACUCAGCUAUGAACCUCUCUCUCUCUUCUGAUAUGACCGUGGCUACUAAGACAUUGUAAUAUAUUUUAUUUAGCAUUUUGACAUGCUUAUGAGUUAUAAAUUGGAGUCUUUUCUCUUUACUCUUUAAA